AUGACGAAUAGGUUGGAUUCUUUGAAUUCUAAAAAGUCAACUGCUGGACAGAAAGCCCCUUUAAAAUUUAAGCCAAAGGUUGUUGUCAGGAAAUCUAAAGAAGAGAGAGAUAGUUCAGCACCAAUUCAAGUCAAGAAGGAAGAACCUUCAAAUAGACAUUCUUUUAGACAAAAAGGUCCACAUAAAGGACGAAUCGCAUCAAGAGAUCCAUAUAAUGGAAGUACAAUAAUUUCAUCGGGGCCCUUAGCGGCUGGGACUGUGUCAGGCAAUAGCAAUAUUAAAACACUGGAGAAGUCAUCUAGUAAGAUAUCUGUGACCCCAAAAUCUACGAGUGAGCUUCACAGCAGUGAAAAUUCCUUAGAUGCUCUCCAAAGUCAUGCUAAUUCUAAUCAUACUCCUCUAUUGAGUGAAAGAGUUGAAAACCAACCUGACUCGGAAGAAGAUGAUGAUACUAAAAUAAACAUGAAUAGGGCAUAUGAAGUUGAGGGUAUUGAAUUCGAGCUUUUUCCCGUCAGGCCCCACCGAGAUGAAGAAAAGAGUAUUUCCGUACCUGAAAUCACCAGAUCAGACGAACCAGACCCGUCGAGAAAAGAUGAUAGUAGUAAACUGGAAUCACCUUCAAAAGGUGAGCUUUUGGAAGAGAGGUUAGAGCAUAUAAAAGAAUUGAAGGCUAGUCUAGAAAGUAAAAUAUCUGAACCGGUAGAUAUAUUAAAUCAGAAGGAGCACGACAAAGUACUUGGGGAUCAAGAAUAUUUGUUGGAUGUAUUGACGGAAAAGUUGGACGUAUUGUCACCUGAAAGCAAUGAUGAGAGUAACGAUAGCUUCAUUAUGCUUUAUCUACCCGCUAUUCUUCCACAAUAUGAACAAGAGGAUAGUAUAAACCCUGGCUUGGUCAAGACAGAGAAUGCUAAUGAGGGUCUUAGUUUGCCUAGCAAGUUGACUUCGGAAUUACAUAGCUCCUGUGGUGAAAUUGGUCAUAUGAAUAUCCACCAAUCAGGUAAAAUUACAAUUAAUUUGGGUAAUGAUAUCGAGCUUAAUCCUCUGAGUGGCAUACCUUCGAACUUCUUACAAGAGGUUGUGGUUUUAGACAUGGAGAAUGAAGAAAGUAGUCAAAAUAAUUAUCAAGUUUGUGAUGAUACUGGUUCCCUGAUAUGCGGAAAUCUUCAUCGCUUAGGAACCAUUGACGAAAAGAUCAUUUGUACGCCGUCUAUUUUUGACCGGAAUUAA